AUAGACUGUACGUUAUAAUCUUGGAUUCUUCGUUCUCGCCGGAGGUAACUUUGAGAGAGACAGAGAGAUCGAGAGAGACAGGGAGAGAGAUGGCUCUUCGUCGGAGUUACAGAACGGGAAAUCUGCUGAAUCCUCUAAAAGCCGUGAUCUCAAACCUUCCGUCAAUUCUCCGGCCAUUUUCAUCGGCAUCAAACGACACAAAUACCAUCACAAUCGAGACAAGUAUCCCUUUCUCCGGUCAUAACUGCGAACCGCCAUCACGAACGGUUGAAACCACACCAAAGGAACUAAUUACUUUCUUCCAUGACAUGACAGUGAUGCGUCGUAUGGAGAUAGCCUCCGAUAUGUUAUACAAGGCAAAACUAGUUCGUGGAUUCUGUCACUUGUACGACGGACAGGAAGCCGUCGCCAUAGGAAUGGAAUCUGUAAUUACAAAGAAAGACGCCGUAAUUACAACUUACCGCGAUCACUGUCUCUUCCUUGGCCGUGGCGGGACCUUAUUGGAGACGUUUGCUGAACUUAUGGGGCGUGAAGCAGGUUGUUCUAAAGGAAAAGGUGGGUCGAUGCAUUUGUAUAAAAAGGAUCGUGGGUUCUUUGGUGGACAUGGAAUUGUUGGGGCUCAGGUGCCGUUAGGGUGUGGAUUAGCGUUUGCUCAGAAAUAUUUGAAGGAGGGGACUGUGACUUUUACUAUGUAUGGUGAUGGUGCAGCGAAUCAAGGGCAGUUAUUUGAGGCUCUUAAUAUAUCUGCUCUUUUGGAUCUUCCUGUGAUUCUUGUUUGUGAAAACAAUCAUUAUGGAAUGGGAACGGCUGAAUGGAGAGCAGCAAAAAGUCCAGCUUAUUAUAAAAGAGGAGAUUAUGUACCUGGCUUGAAGGUGGAUGGAAUGGAUGUCCUUGCUGUUAAACAGGCAUGCAAAUAUGCAAAGGAAUAUGUUCUAAAAAAUGGCCCUAUAAUACUGGAAAUGGAUACUUACAGGUACCAUGGUCAUUCUAUGUCUGAUCCAGGAAGUACAUAUCGAACACGCGAUGAGAUUAGUAACGUGAGACAGGAGCGUGAUCCAAUCGAUAGAGUGAAAAAACUGAUAUUAUCUCAUGACCUGGCCACUGAGAAAGAUCUCAAGGAUAUUGAGAAGGAAACUAGAAAAGUGGUUGAUGAGGCCAUUGCAAAAGCAAAGGAAUUCUCAAUGCCAGAUCCGUCUGAGCUCUUCACCAAUGUGUAUGUGAAUGGCUUGGGAACUGAGUCAUUUGGAGCAGAUAGGAAAGAGCUUAGAGUUACACUUCCUUGAACUGAACUGGAAUUUGGAGAAGCAUUGUCUUCUCUAACCACAAGUUCAAAUAAAAGAUAAGAUGUUUUUAUGUGAAUAAAAGCUGUCCUGUGUGUGAAUUGACACUUCUAGUUCUAGGCUUCAAAUUUAUUGUUUGUGCAAUGGCAGCUGCAGCCCACUUCGAUUAUCUGCUUUGUUAUUCAAAUAAGUUUAUGUAGUGUUUCUAUCACUCCUACUUCUAGGUCAAGAUAUGGUUUUCUUAAUGUU